GACGCUCUCACGCACGUCCUGCAAGACCUUUGUCCAUUCGCGGGCCCAAAACCCCCACCCCCGCUAAAGAUGUGACUCGCACCGCCCUUCGGGCUAUUCUUCUCUUGAUUCCCACCCAUCCAACUUGUCGGGCUAGUACCGCAUUCGCCUCGCCUAUCCUUGAACGCGAGCGUGGCAGGUCUUGAAGCUUGAAGAUCAUCAGCCCUGACUACAUCCACUUCGCAUUAGGUCAUUGAGCGUACCAAAUGGCCUCCCUUCUUGCCGCGUUCAAUCAAGCACUGGUGACCAGGCCCAUGCUGACCCGGUCUGCGACUUCAAUGUCGAUGUUUGCGCUCGGUGAUAUAAUGGCACAGCAACUCGUUGAGACAAAGGGUCUGCAGCACGACCUAGUGCGGACUGGCCGCGGCGCUCUCUAUGGCGCGACCAUCUUUGGUCCGACAUAUACGACGUGGUUGAAAUGGCUCAACAGCCUCAAGUUCUCGUCUAGGUUCAGGGAGAUCAUAUGUAAGGUGUUCCUUGACCAGUUCGUCUACGCACCAACAAUUAUCGCGACGUAUUUCACGACGAUGACAUUCAUGGAAGGGAAGACAGCAGCGGACGCGAAGGAACGACUACGGACGGCGUAUCCGCCAGCAGUGGUUCGGAGCUGCUCGAUCUUCGUCCCCGCGCAGGCACUCAGCUUCUCCCUCGUCCCGGUGCAAUACCGAUUCUUCGUGGUCACGACGAUCUCGCCCUUCUGGAACACCUACCUCAGUGCGGUCAAUGCGCGGAAUUCCCGCUUGCAAGAGGCACAGCGGAUAGCGCAUGGCGACGAUGUCGGGCAGCGGCAUGGGUCCGACUCCCGUUCAGCGUAACUACUGUCUUGUUUUGUUGGAUGUAGAAGACACGGCCGUUUCAAGUUGCAUGAAUAACUUCCGAGGUGGGUCGAUCUCGGUUCACAUCCCUUUUGCGGUGGCAGCACUGAGCGGUGCAUGAGCGCAGCACGGACCCGCACUCUUCAUUGAGUUGCCCAUCUUAAGCACCGAUGCAUCAUGACACCGUUACUGCAACGUUCGUGAUGGGCACUACUAGGCCC